AUGUCUAGCUAUUUUCCAGCAAGGGGCCAUAGCCGUCACGAUCGUGAAUUCCGUGUCAAUAAAUGCAGCAAACCUGAUAGACAACUGAAUUCUCCGAGCUCCACACAUGACAAUGUUACAGCAGAUCACUACAUACGCCCAGUUGUUUGUGUACUCGGAACGUGGCUGACUGAUGAGCAGGCCUCAUCAAGGAAUCCCAUCGCCGUCCCAUUCAACAGUAGGCACCACUGCAUUCUGAGCAACUCUUGUCGCUUCACACCCUGCCUUAUAAAAAGGUAUGGCAGCUGUCAAGAGGCGGGUAGCUAUUUCAUUGGACAUGCAACAAGUCUGGUGCUUGACGCGUUGUACGAGCCCAGUCUUGAGAAUAUACAAGGUUUCUUCCUGUUAGCUCUUGCACAAUGGGGCAGUGGUGAUAAAGAUAAAAGCUCGAUGAAUAUGGGGAUCGCUGUUAGGAUGGCUGGUAUCCUACGACUCCACCGAGAGGAGACUUAUAAUCUCCCCCUGGAUGCCACCACUGAUGAUAUUGUUGAUUCAGAAAUAGCUAGGCGUACUUUCUGGGUUCUGGAAAGUAAGUUAUCCACCAAAUGGAGUACAGUCGUCGAUUCUCAUGGACCAUACAUUGUAGCCGAGGAUAAUCUCCAUUCAAGCCACGCAUCCCCAGUUGCUUUUGGUGCCGAUGACAUUACAACAUUACUCCCUUGUGAAGAAUCUGAUUUUGCAUUUGGACGUAUGCCUUCGUCUCGCGCGGCAUUACCAGGCACCAAGGCCGCAAAGUUAUGGCCAGAACUAACAACUCUCCCAUCACGCUCGCUCUUCGCCACCCUCCUUCAAGCACAUAGUCUAUGGGGAAGUGUCGCCCGAAAGGCGUGGCGAGUCGAUUUUUGCUCCGAGGGCCCGCCUCCCUGGGAUCAAGAUAGUACAUAUGCUAAAAUGUGUCGGGCGUUGGCGGAGUGGGAGCGUGAUACGCCGGCUAGUCAUCGAUGGAGUGUUUGGAACAUGAGAGGGCAUAGCGCGGAGCAGGUACAUGCAGCUUAUCUGAGCGUCGUUAUGGUCACGAGGUUAAGUCAUAUUGUUGUUCGGAGAAUUUACUUGGAAGAGAUGAUUAACAGCAUCACGCAGUCAGGCAAAGACAGCGCUGCCCCGCAAAGCUUUUGGACUUCUGUCGCAGAUGAACUAUUUGAGAAUGUGUUCGCCCUACAUGAGCCUGUCAACACAUUUGUUUCGAAUCGUAGUCCGCAUGAGGGCUUCUCUGCAACCUUACUUUUUUCGCUAUACGUCUGCGGUACACUAUACGUGCAUCUACUGAAAAUGCCCUCGUUAUGUCCACGACUAGCAUCUCGCGCUCAGCCGAACCUUAGCCGUACCCUUGAAAUUCUUGAAGAUUUGCAAAAUGCGUGGCCGCUGGCAUCAAAGUGGUUGACGAUGCUGAGAAAUUCGGCUACGACCAUUCCACCGAGAUCACUGACGGCCUCAUCUUCUAGUGCUCAAAGAAACAGACCCCAUGUAGAUUAUGCGACUUCUCAUUGCGAGGUAGAUAUUCCUGGAGAACAUCGAGCUAACAACAACGCAGAAGGUGGAAGUCUGGAAAUGUUUAGUAAAGCCGCAGUGUCCGCAGAGAGGAAUACAAUUUUUCCAAGUGGGUUCAUUGGCACUAUGAAUAAAACAAGCAACAGCUAUGGGAAUCGCAACAUGGUCGUAGACGAGUUUCUCUCAUUUGACGCGUCAGAAGGAGGGUUCGGCGUUUCCGCUCGACAUCCAAAUAUAUGUACAGAUGAUGGAGUAUCAUUUGACAAGGAGCUGACUGAGUUUUUAAGUCAGCCAAGCUAUGGGAUGGUAGAUAUUUGGGUUCCCUCUGAGCAAGACGACACCUGGAUGUCUUCUGAUGAAUCUUGA